AUGGGGCGGACGGAGGAUAGCGCGGAGGGUAUCGGGGACGGAGGCGGCGGCGGGACGUCGCGGCGACGACGACGACGAUCGAACGAUGGGAAGACGGGAACGAGAUCGCGAAGAGAUGACGUGGACGUGGUGCGGUUGAGUUGGUGUGAGAGCGCGGCGGCGGUGACGACGGUGAUCAUGGCGGCGCGCGCGGCGGGAGGGAUGAUGUCUUCGAGGGACGCGUCGCUCGGCGUGCUCGCGAUGUGGAUCGUCUCGCUCGCGUGGAAGACGCUCUUCAUCGGUCUGAGGAUGGAUGAGAACACGCCGCCGCCGGAUCGGAUGGUGCUGCUCUUCGCCAAGCUCUUUUUUAGCGUUGUACGAUGGGGCGCGCGCUCGGCGGUGUUCGCGCCGGUGUGGACCUUCAAAGCCGUCUUCGUCGGGGUGGCGCAUCGCGCCGUGGACAGAGGGUGGGACGAGUCGAUCGUCGAAGAGGCGACGGGGGUGACGAGUGAUGUGCGAGACGCGGUUUCGAAUAAGGAUUACGAGGACUUUGCGUCGGCGAUCGCGAACGACGAGGGCGAGUGGGACGUCAUCGCGAGCGGAAGCGUCGGAUGCUGCACGUACAGAAUGCUUCGCGGAAUCUCACCCGAAGAUGAGCGCAUGAUGAAGAGAGGUCUCGCGAAAUAUAGAACGGAGGUGUUGGCUCGAGGGGUGCCGGUGGAGAUUUUGUUCAACGCCCAGGUAGAUUUGUUGGGGCGCCAAGAGUGGGACGCGACGACGUUGCAUCCGACGUGCAUCGAGCGAGAGGAUCCAAACUCCUUGAACAAACCGUUCACCGCGCAGGACGUCGUGUACUGGCGUUUACAGUAUCCGCGACUCAUGGCUCCGCGGGAUUACCUCGUCGCUCGGCGCAUGUGGCGUGACGCGGCGAACGACAUGGCGACGUGCAUCUGCCGAGACGCUUUGUCCUCGCGCUCCGCAGUCGCGGCGAAGAAUAAGCUUCAGAGCGCGAUGCGAUCGCGCGCGGUGGAUGUGCGGUCAAUGUAUAGCGCGAUCAUGGUCGGUAAGAACGCAGAGGUGAACGGGAGUCAGUACGUGUCGAUUUACUACGAGGACCCGGGCGUGCCGCCGAGACUGGCCCACAUGGCCGCGGCGAAGAACCUCGACUCGUACAUGGCGACGUUCGAUCGCGAGCUCAGGCGAAGAGUCGCCGCGAACGAUCGCAUGAAAGAUUAUGACGCCAUCCCGGCGCCGCCGGACACGCACCACGUGACGAGCACGAGCUCGUUCAGGACUGGUCGCACUAGCGUACCGCACAGCGACGACGAAGGCGACGUCUCUCGAACGGCAUCUCCCGAUCUGGGUGCGCGCGCCGAGGCGACGGAUUUGCACUUCGCCCCGACGAAUGCGAGUCGUGAGUAUCGUUUCAGUGGUCGAGGCGGCUUGGGAAAGCGUCAAAGAAUCAGAAGGAAGAUUUCAAAGGUGUUGAAACUCCUCUCCGAACUCGCAGAUCCGACGACGGCGUCGCGCGGCGAAAGAAGCACCGAAGACGACUCGUUUGGAUCCGACACCACUGGUGAUCGUCAACGUGUGCGCGUGAGUAAGUGGAAGUGGGUCAGACGCGUCGCCGUCGGCGCGAUUGUCUUUGUCGGUCGGGGCAAACAGUAG